AUCUUUUUCUUUAUCUUUUAUGCAGUGGGAACCAUGUCAUGCAGUUGUUGCCACACCUUUGCUUAUUGCAUUUGAACUGCUUCUUUGCAUCUAUCUUGAAAAUAGCCAUGUUACUAAGCCUCCACCUUUAAGCCUGCAGAUUGUCUGCCUUCCUCUGUUGGCAUUUGAAACAAGAGGAGAACCAAUCAAUAGUAGUCCUGCAUUUGAGAAUAUAAGUGCAGGUGCUUCACUUGUUGUUGUUGUGGAUGCUGUCAGAAAAGUAAGAUUGGACCUGCACUUGACCUUUUUAAAGCUAAAUUCUAGGUUGUUAUAG